UCGGCGAGGAUGAUGAUGGUGAGCGACGACUGCCUGGUGGAGUGCAAGAUCGACGAUGACAGCGACGAAGAGCAGAUAAACACGCCUCCUCCUCCCCCGGAGUUUGCGUCCAAAGCCUCGACCCCAGCGCCCGAACUGCCGGCCCCUCCAAUGGCCCCUCCAAUGGCCCCUGCUCCGCCCACGCCCACACCCACCCGUCCCGUCGACAGGGACCCAUAUGGCAUCAACCAGCACCUGAAGGUGGAGGUCAGCGACGUGCUGGCGGAGCCGGCCACGCUGCGCAGCAUCGACCAGGUGUGGCUUCACAGCGUCGCCGGCUUCGAGACGACUCGUAUCUGGACGUACCGCUGCCUCUCCCUGCUGCUCGCCGUGCCCUUCGCUCUCCUAUGUGGGGUCUGCUUGGCUGUUGUCGCCUGUCUACACGUCUGGUUCGUGGUGCCUUUCCUCCAGCUCAGCAACACCUUCCUUCCCUGCGUGCGCUCCCUGGUCGCGUGCGCUGUGGAUGCUUUCAUCUCUCCCUUCUGUGCGUCUCUCGCUCUCUGCUGCAGUCAGAUCGCCAUUUCACUGUCGGACAAGGACGGGCAUCAAACGAGAGACAAAGAGACUGUGUGAACGUGAGACAUGACGAGGGAUAUCGAGUGAGGGAGUGCAUGAGUGAGUGAGUGGAUGAGUGGGUAAGUGAGUGAAUGAGCGUGUGAAGUUAUUGUGUCUUUUUUAGAUGUUUAAUUGGCAUAGUUCUGCAUAAUGUGAAUGCCAUAUGAAAUGUCUUCUAUAUAAAGCCAAUUCAUACAAAUUAUUUGUAUAAUUAUGAUUAUUAUUAUUACUGU